AUGCGUGCCUCUUCAAUCUCCGCGUUGGCAUGCUUUGCCUCAUUCGCGGCAGCCCAGACCUUCCAGCGUUUGGGCGGUUGCCCUGACUUGGGAUGUAUCUUCCCGCCGGACCAGGUCGACUUCCUUGCUGGUCAGUACUUCGACAUCCGUCUCGAGGUGCACUCCCCCGUCAAUGGCUCCGAAGCUCGUGUUGGAGAGCCCGACGAGAACUUUACCUUCACCAUCGCCAAGAAGGGAAAGGAAGCUGUCACCGCACCGGAAUACUUUAAGAUUGAUGAACCUGAGCUGGAGAGGUGGAACUUCACAUGGUUUGAAGACCGAUUCGCCGAGGACGCAGAGAAGCCCUCCCUUGUCAACGUGACCUCGAAGAUCUAUCGCAGAAUUGCCCUCUAUGAGCCCGGCGAAUACGAGGCUACCCUGACCUACUACGGAGAACAAAAGACAGUCGCCAACUGGUUUGUUCGCGAUCUCCCUACCAAGCGACGCGCGAAGAACGUCGUGAUGUUCAUCGGAGAUGGCAUGACAACCAACAUGAUCACUGCAGCCCGCCUCAUUGCCCACCGCAGCGUCAACGGCAAAUACAUGACAACGAUGGCAAUGGACAAGUUCCCUGUGCUGGGACACCAGAUGACACACUCCAUGGACUCAUUCAUUACUGACUCGGCCAACUCCGCCACCGCUCUUUACACCGGCCACAAGACCACCGUCAAUGCUUUGGGUGUCUAUGUUGACUCCUCCGAAGACACUUUCGAUGACCCGAAGUUCGAGACAAUCGCAGAAAUCUACCGCCGCAAGAACCCGAACGGCGGUGUCGGCAUUGUCUCAACCGCCUUCUUGGCAGAUGCCACCCCUGCUGGUCUGGGUGCUCACACUAGCGACCGCGGCGACUACGACCACGUCAUCAGCGCCUACUACGAGAGUCUGACCGACUACGAGUGGACAAACUGGAACGGCCCCGAUGUGCUCCUUGGCGCUGGUGCAGAGAACUUCGUCAAGAGCGAAGAAACCCGCGAUUACUACAAGCUCUUCGCCGAGAAAGGUUACAACGUGGCCUGGAACAACACUGCCCUGAACAACGCCCCCAGCGACGAGAGACUGCUGGGCGUUUUCUCGACCGACAACCUGCCCACUUGGCUCGAUCGCAACGUCUACCAGUCCAACCUUUACAACCAGAGCAACUACCCCGACGGUUCGGACCGCGACGCCGACGACCUUCCCGGCCUCAAGGAGAUGACCCUCAAGGCCGUCGACGUUCUCGACAAGCGCCACCGCAAGGACGGCUGGUUCCUGAUGUCCGAGGCCGCCAGCAUCGACAAGCAGAUGCACACUCUGGACUACGACCGCUCCCUCGGCGACCUCCUCGAGCUCGACGAUACCGUCCGCGCAACCAUCGAGAAGCUCGAGGAGCUCGGCGAGCUUGAGGACACCCUCAUCAUCGUCACCGCCGACCACGGCCACGGCUUCGACGUGACCGGCUCCGUCGAUACCGAGUACAUGGAGGCGCAGACGGACGACCGCAGCAAGCGCAACGCGGUUGGAUACUACGAGAACUCCGGCUUGUCUCAAUACACCGUCGCCGGCUCCAACGCCCUCCGCUACUCCGAAGGCGUCCACUUCCCCGCCCAGUGGGACCCGAGAUACACCUUCCACGCGGGUGUCGGUGCCUUCCCUGACCACCGUGAGGAUUACCGCGUUCACAGCGAGGGUCCCCGCACACCUGCUGUUGAGGACGAGAAGAAGGGAUACGUUGCUAACUACAAGGAUGCCGUCACUGGCUUCUUGGUCAAUGGAAACAUGCCCCUUGAUUCGGGCCAGGGUGUCCACUCGCUGACCGACGUGCCGGUCUUUGCCCGUGGCCCUUGCCAGGAGCUGUUCGGAGGUGUCUACAACUCGAUCGAUAUCUUCUUCCACAUGGCGGAAUGCCUGGGAUUGUCGGAGACGAAGAGAGCUGGCCAGCCUCCCCAUGGUGGAAAGCAUGAUUAA